GAGAGAGAGAGGAGGGAGCUGGUGUAGAGAGAGAGUGGAGUUUGCCAUCUGUUGUAUACUUGGAGCACUAUCCGGGUUUUCCAAAGCGCGCUCUCUUUCUCUAUCUACAUCUCAAUUGCUUGUAUAUAUACUAGCGUGGUGUGAGGUGUGAUAGUGAUGAAGCCAAAGGUGGCCCCUUUUUUCUGCUACAUCUGCCAGAUUCUCUCUAAUCUCUCUAUACCUCUCGUAACGCUUGAGCUCUCAAACCCUAAUUUCAGGUCCAAGCCCUAAUCUCUUGCGGCUGCUCGUCGGCAAAUGCAUUGCUAAGAUGUUUUGACAACUAUCGGCUGGUUUGUCCUUGGAGCUCUGCUUUGGUGGAAUUUCUCCUUUUCUUUUCUAUACAUUGAUUUGCAAUUGGAAAUUUCCAGUUCCCCAAAGUCGUUAAAACGUGAAUUUUUUUUUCACUCAGAGGUAUAAUCGGCCUUUUGGUGCCUAUGUUCACUGAAUAGAACAAAGCAAGGAAAACUGCGUUGGUGAAAUACUGCAAUAAGUUGGUAAAGAUGUUAUUCAACAAGGAAAUUGAGGGUUUGCAUGAUGAUGGUUUUGAGGGGUCAAUUAACGAGCAUCGUAUUUUUACAGAAGUGUUCUUUGGAAAUGACCAUGGCAGAACUAGCAAGAAGUGUCUUGUUACCGGAGUUAUUAAUUUUGAAUGUGAUUACAGUAAGCAGACAGAUGUGUCCCUUUUCUCAAACAAUGAAAACUCAGCCAUAACCAGUCAGGUAGAUUCUUGUAAUUUAAAGGAGGAUUCAAGAGAGAAAUCUGGACCAGGGUAUUUCUCAGAAGAACGUGCCUUGUUGAAGAAUGACCAUGAUGUGAAUAUUAAGCGAAUGAAGUUAUCAGUUGAUGACCUUUCUUACUCUCGACCUUAUUCUGGAAGGAUUUUGAAUUCAUCGGCUCCCUUGAAAGGAGUUGCUACUGGAAUGCCCCAACCAGUUUCACAAUUUGUUUGUCAGGCUGUAACAUGUCGUUUAGUUGAAUCAUCCAGUCAGGGUGUUAAUUCUAGUUGCUAUCUGCUCAAACGACAUGCUGAAACAAAUUCUGGAAGUGGUGUGGGUGACAGGGAAGUUUCUAAGUGUAGGCUUCCAAGCUUGGAUGGAAGUGAUGAGAAGGAAGUAAGUGCAAGUAAAGCUAUUGCUUCCCCUGUUUCUCAGGAGAGCUUUGCAACCAAGCUUUUGGUUACAAGUCCAUCUGCUGCUGUUGCAAAUAAGUCUGCAUCACUUAAAUGCCCUAAGGAAAGAAUGAAGCCAUCCAAUAUUCAUGAACCCUCAGUAGUUAAAAUAUCAUCGAAUAGUGAUUCUACGAAGGAUCCCCGUCCUCUUCUACGGAACCAGAUCCAGAACUUGCUUAAAGCAGCAGGAUGGGAGAUUGGGAGGCGUACAAGAGACAAUAAGGUUAAUGGGGAAUUUAUUUAUUUCUCACCUCAAGGAGGAAGACCGGUUCGUGAGUUUCAUAGAGCUUGGAACCUAUGUGGUCAGACUUUGUUUUCCGGUUUAAAAGUUGCACAGCAAGAUGGUAAGCAAUGGACUGAUAUGACUGAUUUCUGGUCUGAUCUGUCUAAUACAUUUUUAAAAAUUGAGGAAGAAAUGAAUAAUUCAGAAACUACUGCUGCACUGGCACAUCAGUGGUGUCUUCUUGAUCCCUUUGCGGAUAUGGUGUUUAUUGACAAGAAACUUGGCACGCUAAGAGAAGGAAAGGUAGUCAAAACUAGGAGAACUUUUGUGAUUGAUACAUCCACAAAAGAUGUUGUUUUGGCCUUGGAAAAUGUGGAUGGUAUGGGAAGCCAAUCUGAGAGACAUUCGUCAGAUCAGCUUUGUGAUUCUUCUUUUGUCAGGGAAAGUGCAUUGACAAAUUCUGAAGGGAAUUACUGUGACUACAAUGAAAAAUGUGGUAAUGGAAUUUCUGCAGACAUUGGACAGUUGCACAGGGAAACAGCAACAGAUCUAAAGGGAGUACUGGUUUACUUGCAUGAUGAAAAGUGCACAGGCUCCAGAGAUAUCGUCAGUGGGACAAGAACUCAACAAAGGGAAAUCUCUGAGAACAAAAUAAGCGGACAGGAUCUGAGUUCUUUACAAGUUUGUGUGGCAGAUGGCACUUGUGACCAUUCCAGUAGUUGCCUGUUUGAAGUUCCAGUCACAUCUGGAGAUGCAAAUAUAAUGGCUUUGGAAGUUGACAAAACUGUAUCAAUGGGUUCUUCAGAAGGGGGUGAAGGUUUCAGUGGAAAUAUUAUGGAUAAGGGGGCAAGGCAGUCGAAGGGGUCCCUCAAUGACGACCAUCUAAACUGCAGAAACGAUGGUCUGGAUCAGUUGAAUGACCAAGAUAGGACUCAUGUGCCAUGGAGUACUCAUUUAGAUAGUGUUCCAUGCAGACCACCUCUUGUUGAAGAUAGCCAAUUGGUGGAUGUGGAUGGUACAGAGGUCAUGCGACAUUCUGAGGUUGUUGGAAAGGUUAGUAGGCAGUGCAUUAAAGCUUCAAAAUUUGAGAUGAAUGAUGCAUCUUCUGUAGCAGAUGCUAGCUUGAAAAGGAAGGCACCCAAGAAAUCAAAAAAGAUAUCUGAAAUCAAACUGUCCACAUUAUGUCAAAAUGAUUUGUUAGGUCCGUCAACUUCCAAGGCUGAAGGACACAUCAUUAAUGAGAAUCACAUUCGGUCAGAUUCUGGAGAAGUCCAGGAGUGUUUUGUAGCUACUAAUGUAAGAAAUGAUAGAAGUUGCAACAAGUUGUCCUCUUCUCAAUGCCGUAGUGGGAAGAAACAGUCAAAAAUUAGAAAGUUUCAUCACAGUUCUCAAAGUUUUAGGAAAUCGAACCAUAUUUCUCAUGAUAGUGAGCAUUCUAAGGAGUUCAACUCUGAAAAUAUCACUGAUGAAGUCUCUAUGCAUAUAAAGUGUUACUCUAUGGAUCCCGAAACUUUGAGGCAAGACAUCAAAUUAGGAAAACCUGAAACUCAAAGUGAAUAUGAAGAGAAGAGAUCAAUUACAUGCCAGCUUAAGGAUGAUGAUCUUUUGAUUUCAGCUGUCAUAACAAACAAAGCCUUCAGAUCCACUACCGAACAAUCUACUCAAAAAAUGAAAUCCCGCAAAUCAGAAGCUCUGAGAAAACACAAGAGCCAAAAAGGCAGUUGCCGGUUGCUUCCUAGGAGCCUGGGUAAGGGGGGAAAGCACAUGGAAUGGAAACGGUCCAUCUUUGGUGUAAGAACAGUAUUGUCCUGGUUGAUUGAUUCUGGGGUUGUUUCUCUUAAUGAAGUGAUUCAGUUUCGAAAUACAAAGGAUGAUGCUGUGGUCAAAGAUGGCUUGGUUACUCGAGAUGGUAUCUUAUGUAAAUGUUGUAAUAAGGUGCUUUCUGUUUCUGAGUUCAAGAUUCAUGCCGGUUUCAAGUUAAACCGUCCUUGUUUGAAUCUUGUCAUGGAGUCUGGUAAGCCAUUCGCUUUAUGCCAGUUUAAGGCUUGGUCAGCUGAAUACACGGCCAGGAAAAAUGCCACUCGACCUGUUCUAGUUGAGGAAAUUGAUCAGAAUGAUGACAGUUGUGGUCUAUGUGGCGAUGGGGGUGAGUUGAUAUGCUGUGAUAACUGUCCAUCCACUUUUCAUCAGGCAUGCUUGUAUGCACAGGAACUGCCUGAAGGCAAUUGGUAUUGCUCACAAUGCACUUGCCGGAUUUGUGGUGAUUUAGUUAAUGAUAAAGAGGCUCUGAAAUCACCUGGUGCAUUGAAGUGUUCGCAGUGUGAGCAGAAAUACCAUGAGGCAUGCCUGAAACAGCAGCGCACAUAUCGAGAAGUGGCUUCCGAUGCCUGGUUCUGUGCUGAAAGCUGUCAAGAGGUUUACUCUGGUCUCCAAUCCCGCAUCGGGAUUGUAAAUGUUCUUUCUGAUGGCUUCUCUUGGUCACUUCUGAGAUGCAUUCAUGGUGAUAAAAAAGUUCAUUCUGUCCAAAAGUCAGUUGCUUUGAAGGCAGAAUGCAACUGUAAGCUGGCUGUUGCGCUUACAAUUAUGGAGGAAUGCUUUCUACCCAUGGUGGAUCCAAGGACAGGCAUAGACAUGAUCCCCCAUGUAUUAUACAACUGGGGAUCAGAAUUUGCACGUCUGAACUACCAUGGAUUUUACACCAUGAUUUUGGUGAAAGAUGAUGUCAUGAUGUGUGUUGCUUCAGUCAGGAUCCAUGGAGCAACAGUUGCAGAGAUGCCACUUAUUGCAACUUGCAGUAAGUAUCGGCGCCAGGGAAUGUGUCGGCGCCUCAUGAAUGCCAUGGAAGAGAUGCUGAAAUCUUUCAAGGUUGAGAAGCUUGUGAUAUCUGCCAUUCCUAGUCUAGUGGAGACAUGGACUGAAGGUUUUGGCUUCCAACCCUUGGAAUGUAAUGAGAAGAAAAGCCUGAGUACUAUCAACUUGAUGGUGUUUCCUGGAACGGUAUGGCUGAAGAAGCCCCUUUUUGAAAACCAGUCAACGGGUCAACAAGGAGAUUCAGGUCAUCCUGAACGUUCGGGCAGAUAUAAUCCAACUAAAGCAGGUGCUUGCUCCGAAGGAGGGCCCACUGUUGAUCUUACUAGACAAUCAGAUGGAAGCCCUUCACUGACAGAAGUUGCCGUUCAAAUGGAAACAGGACAUACUGACGGUGAUAGCAACAACAUGCAAGUAGACACAGAUGAAGAUGCUACUUUGCAUGAACAUUUUUCAAAGCUGUCCUGUGAAGGUCCAGCAUCAGUGGUAGGAGGGUCUCAAUUGGAACUGGCUUAUCAUGUAGAAUCUGGGGCUAUGUAUGAUGAAAGAAAACUUUCUUCGGACGAACAGUCGCAGAAAGCCUGUAUGUUGCAGGAUAAUGAGAAAUGAAAUUAUGUAUAUUUGAAAAAAAUGGUGCUCUCAAGGAUUAGCCAUAUUUAUGAUCUGGAAA